CUUCCCUCCUAAACCCCUCCAUCAUCCUUUGCCUCCUUCGAUCCUAUACUAUUCUCUCACUUAUUUAAUUUAAUGUUUACCAUCCAAAUAGAAACAAGAUGAAAGUUCCUCCUCCUUCUCCUCCUCAUCACCAUCAUUGUUAUUAUUCCUUCCAGGCUUUCAUUCUCAUCUCAUCUUCUAUCUGUGCGGUGUACUUCAUUUGUUGCUUCGUCCUCAUCCCCAACACCAACUUCCUCUCCUUGUCCUCCUUCCUCCACCCCGCUCUAGUUUCUGAGUGCCGCCAUGCCUCCCCAUCCCCGACGUCCCUCCGCCACAUCGUCUUCGGAAUCGCCUCAAACGAGAAUUCAUGGAAGAGGCGAAAGGAAUACGUCAAGCUGUGGUGGAGACCUACAGAGAUGAGGGGGUGCGUUUUUCUCGAGCGCAGCAGCAACGCCACGUCGCCGAAUAACGACACGGCGUUGCUCCCGCCGGUUUGCGUGUCAGGCGACACGUCGCGUUUCCGCUACACGUACAGGGCGGGGAAAGGGACGCCCUCAGCCAUACGAGUGGCACGCGUUGUGUCGGAGACGGUGGCCCUCAACCAUUCAGACGUGAGAUGGUUUGUGUUCGGGGACGAUGACACCGUCUUCUUCCCGGAGAACCUGGUGAAGACGUUGUCGAAGUAUGACCACGGCCUGUGGUAUUACAUCGGGGCUAAUUCGGAGAGCCACGCGCAGAACAAGUUCUUCUCUUACGGAAUGGCGUUCGGAGGGGCAGGUUUCGCCAUUAGCUACCCGCUAGCGAAAGUCCUAGCUGGAGUGUUGGAUUCAUGCAUAGAAAGAUAUCCGCAUCUUUAUGGAAGUGAUGCUAGGAUCCAUGCCUGCUUAUCUGAGCUUGGCGUGUCAUUAACUCUCGAACCCGGAUUUCAUCAGCUGGAUGUUCAAGGGAACGUGUUCGGGUUAUUGGCGGCGCAUCCGGUGAGGCCUCUGGUUUCUCUGCAUCACAUGGAUGUUCUGUUCUCAAUCUUCCCCCACAUGACCAUUAUCAAGGCCCUGCAGCAUCUCUACGGCGCCGCCAGCGUGGAUCCCCACCGGAUCUUGCAGCAGACGGUCUGCUACGACCGGUGGUUCUCCUGGACGGUGUCGGUGUCCUGGGGCUACGCGGUUCAGGUGUUCGGGAACCACGUCCGGCUGCCGGAGGCUCUUCGGGUGCAGCAGAGCUACAUGCCUUGGAAGAAGGGCGGAAAGGGCAUGCAUUACGACUUCGACACCUGGGCAUUCCACCCUGAUCCCUGCCGGAGGCAACCCAUUUUCUUCUAUUCAAACGCUUCUUCUUCCGAUGGCGGUGGGAUCUUGAGCGUGUACAGGAAGAUGACCCGUGAGAGAUGCAGAUUUGACAUGGCUUCUCCCAGGAAACUUGAUGAAAUCAGAGUUCACUCUACCGGGUUGAUCCUUGAUCGGAAUCAGUUACUAGCACCAAGAAGGCAAUGCUGCUCCGUGUUACCAUCUACAUCCGAUAAAGUUAUGGAGAUCAACAUUCGAGACUGUAAUGAAGAUGAGCUAACUUUCUUGCACUAAUCCACACCCAAAUAUUCAUAUAUAUAUAGAGAGAGAGAAAGAGAGACUGACACACGUUAGAGUACAUAUGACUAUAGUAAAUUUAGAUGGGAUUGGCAGAGGGUCAGCUGCAAAGUAUAUAUAGCAAUUCAACACAAAGAGCACAUUUUAGCCUUAGAGUUCGAGCACUCCUUUUUGCAAAAACAUGUACAAUGUGGGAACAAUGGUUCUAUUGUUAUUCUAUACUUUUAGAGUGCGUAAAUUGAGUUAUAGUCAUAUUGGGUUCCCUCCUCAAUUGAGAUGGUCAUGAGAAUUUUAUUAUAAUGCAGAGAUCUCUAGAAUUC